AUGGUCAAAAAGUUAGCAGUUAAUGCUCUUGAUUUUCAACAGCAAACUCUUAAUUUCCAAAAAGAGACGAAGGAUUUCCAACAGAAAACCGAGGUGUCUAUCAGAGAGUUAACCACAUCGAUUGAGAAAUUGAUCUCUCAAGGGAAGCUGCCGUCACAAAUAGAACCAAACCCUAGACAAAAUGCAAAUAAUCUUGGCCAAGAAAUCGCCCAGAAAAAACCUGAAAAAGAAGAACAGGUCCGACCGAAGCCUCCAUUGCCUAAAAUUCAACCUCUAUUUCUAGAACGAUUCAACCAGUGUCGAAGAGGUAAAGAGGACAAGAAAAUUCUCGAAACAUUUAGGAAUGUCGAGAUCAACAUUCCGCUAUUGGACGCCAUCAAACAAAUACCGCGAUAUGCUAAAUUUCUUAAAGAGCUUUGCACCAACAAGAAAAAAUUAACAGGUAAUGAAAAGGUGAAUAUUGUUGAGAAUGUAUCCGCAGUGUUACAACGGAAAAUGCCAGCAAAAUGCAAGGAUAGGGGCAUGUUUGCAAUACCAUGCAAAAUAGGCCAUCUGGGAAUUAAGAAAGCUAUAUGUGAUCUAGGGGCUUCUAUAAAUGUAAUGCCGUCUAUUGUGCAUCCAGAAAGAGUCCUUGAGGAUGUUAUGGUAAAAGUUAACGAGCUUAUUUUCCCUGCAGAUUUUUAUGUGAUCAAAAUGGAGGAGGAUAGUACUCCUGGAUCUUCAGAUCUCCUACUGGGUCGACCGUUCCUUAGUACGGCUAAUACUAAAAUCGAAGUUCGAAGUGGAACUCUCAUGAUGGAGUUUGAUGGAGAGAUCGUAAACUUUAAUGUCUACAACGCCAUUAGCCAUCCAAGCAAAAUCUUGAGCGUAAAUCGCAUUGACAUAAUUGACUCUUUAGUGGAAGAGAAUUUUGAGUCAAUUUAUGGAUAUAAUUAUGAACUUAAUAAAUUUGAAUUUGUUAAUGAGUUAUUACCUCCAAACACUAAAUUGUUACCUUCUGUUAUACAGGCACUAGAGUUGGAGUUAGAACCCGCAGGAAAGGCAAGGAAAUUAGACAUCCAAGAGUUAGAAGAAAUUCGCAAUGAUGGCUACGAGAAUGCUCACAUUUAUAAAGACAAGAAAAAGUUGUUUCACGAUAAGAGAAUAACUCAGAAGCAUUUUUUGAUAAAACAAAGCGAAAAUGCGAAGAAAACCAUUGAGCAACGCUUAGAACACAUUGAGGCCCGUUUUGAAACCUUUGGCCAGCAACUGACCAAGCUCAUUGCCAUCAUAUGUGAUCGACAGUAA